UUCAAGAUUGGCAAAAGAAAAGGUUAUGUAUGAAAAAGAAGCAAAACAGCAAGAAGAAAAGAUUGAGAAAAUGAAAGCAGAAGCAGGAGAUGACUAUGCAAUCAAAAAGCAGACUGAGAUCUUACAAGAAUCUCGAAUGAUGAUUCCAGAUUGCCAGCGCAGAUUAGAGACUGCUCAUGCAGACCUUGUUCAGCUAUUAGAAAAUGAAAAAGAGUUGGAAGAAUCUGAAGAAUAUAAAGAUGCACGUUCUGUACUGGAGUCAGUAAAAUUAGAAGCCUAAAUUGAUUUUUCACUUUGUAUUUAAGCGUUGGUAUUGGGUCCAUUGCCACACUUUGCUAAUGUUUGGCCACUGCUGUAUUACUUCAAGUAGUAUUGAGAAUAAUACCUUGCUAAAAUGACCUGUUUCGCACUGGCAAAUUAUUUAGCCUUUCUCUUUCUUGAAGAUUUGUUGAAUAAAUGAUUUUAUGUGA